CUGGUAGUGUAAAGACACACAAGAAAUUUGUUCAAACCUUAACAAGCGUAAAACUGUGCAAUUCUUGCCUUUUCAACAGGAAAAUACAUGAACAGCUGUUACGUUCUUUGAUGAACAGCCGUUUUAAUUGACGGUAUUAGUUGAACCUAAAAUGUCUUGUCUACCUGGACCACGUGACUUCUUGGAUAUAAUUACUACGAAAGACAAAUAACUUGUCAGCCGUUGUUGCUUGGUGUCGUUGCAAAAGGUUGAUUUUCUCUCCUUUGAAACAACGCAUUUCAUUCCGAAAAAAAACUGUUUACCGUUAUUCGUUUAGUUAUAAGUUUAAAAUGAUUGACUCGUCGGCAGUGAAUAAAACCAUGGAGAAUGCAUCUGCAUUCACAAGAAGUUUUCCUUCCAAGGCAGAAGGGAUCGCGCUAUGCAGCGCUUUCAUUUUAUCUUCGGUCCUAAUCAUUGCAGGAAACUUGCUCACUCUUGUUCUCUUUGCAGUUACCAAACCACUUCGUAGGAAACGUUUAUUCCUAGUUAUGAACAUGGCGUUUGCUGAUUUGUUGUUAGGAGCCUUCUCCGCUCCCUUAUAUAUUUAUCAUGUUGGAGGUUCUUAUCAGCUUUGGACAGCAAAAUACGGCUUUAGCGUUAUCGUCUUCAGAUGCAUCGAUAACAUUUUUAUGUUCGGCUCAUAUCUAUCUGCAGCCUUUAUUUCCUGUGAGAGAUUUUAUGCCGUAUAUCGGCCAUUUAAACACCGAUUGUUGUCCACCAAAACAUACCGAAUCGCCAUUUUCAUACUUUGGACAUUCACUGCCUUGUUGUCUACAACAUUAACUUUGCUAUCGGUGUUUACUUCAAUUAGAUCUGCAUUGUAUGUCUCUGUCCUAGUUCUGUUGGGUCUAAUAAUCAUCAUAUGUGUCUGUAACAUCGCGAUCUGGAAAAACUUUCAACACGAGAGCGUUGACUCACAGUAUCGAAAUGGAGCAUCGCGAAACAGACGCUUAACAAAGACCCUCCUUCUCGUGUCCAUACUGGCUUUAUUAUGUUGGCUUCCCUUAAUCAUCUUGAACGUAUUAAUCUAUAUAACUAAGAAAUCAAUACCACUGGAGUUUUAUCUCAUGGUGAACAUUUUAAAUUAUUCUAACUCUUUUGUCAAUCCGAUUGUGUAUGUAUUCAGAAUUCGUGAGUUUCAGCAAGCGCUACGUUUAUGUUGCACGAAGAGGACACCAGCCAUUAAGAUGGUAAAAUUCAAAGGAAGAAACCGAACGGCUGCACUUAGAACGCCAGAGAUAGAACUAAGAAUAUUCCGCAACGAUCCCACUCGCCUGCAAAUUGAUGUUGAACGACAAUAUAUGGAAACUAAGUUUUAA